AUGAGUGACGCUGCUGGUUUGUCUUCUCCUCUUGAAGUUGGUGAUCCUGAUCGUAGACCUGAAUCUCUUAGAAAAUUUAAUCCUAAACAGUAUCAAGAGGCUACUGGUUGCUUGCUUUAUUUAUCUAAUAAUACUAGACCAGAUUUGUGCUAUGCUGUGAGUAAAUUGUGUCAGAAAAAUCAGGAUCCUACUGUCAGUGAUUGGAAUGAUGUAAAACAUGUAUUAAGGUAUUUGGUAACUACUAAGGAUCUCAAGUUAUGCUACCGCAGAACAGGGGAGGUUGCCAAAGUGUAUUGUGAUGCUGAUUUUGCCGGUGAUUUAACGGAUAGAAAAUCAAGGUGUGGAUAUGUGAUUAUGAUUGCGAACUGUGCAGUGUCUUGGUACUCGAAGAAGCAACAGUCUUGUACAGCUUUAUCUACCGUUGAGGCGGAGUAUGUUUGCAUGUGUGAAAUAACUAGAGAAGUCGUUUGGAUCAAAGCAUUGUUAGAUGAACUUGGUGUUGAUGAAAUUGUUGGCUCUCCUUGUGUAGUGUUUUGUGAUAAUCAAGGUGCAAUAGGUUUAGCUAAAGAUGCUGAUAGAAAUGUUUCAGAAAGGUCGAAGCAUAUUGAUGUUCAAUUUCAUUAUUGUAGGGAGAUGCAGCAACUUGGUGUAGUAAAAUUUCAGUAUGUUAAAUCAAAUGAAAAUGUUGCUGACAUCUUUACAAAAGCAUUAAAAGGAGCUAAACAAACAGAGAUGUGUUCAAAAUUAGGCAUGAUUAAAUAA